AUGACGCAUAAUUUCGAUUACAAAGUUGUGAAAUCUGACAGAAACCUUUGGUACAUCCGAUGCAAAUACAACCCUUGCAAAUGGAGUGUUCGAGCUGAGGGGUUAUCAGGUUCCACAUAUUUCAUCAUCAAAAAAUAUGUGGCGGAUCAUACAUGCGCUGCGUCGAGUAUGAAUAAUGGUGGUCGGACAGCUUCUGCAAAGACAAUUGGCAGUCUAAUAAUGCAUAGGUAUGAUGGUGUGAAAGAAGGUCCCAAAACAAAUGAUGUCAUACAGAUUAUGAGGAUGGAACAUGGAUGUGAGAUAUCUAAGUCCUUAGCAUGGGAUGCUCGGGAGUUUGCAAUUAGCAUGGUUAGAGGUAUUCCAGAGAAGAGUUUUGGAAAAAUUCCAAAGUACUUGCACAUGCUGAGAGAAGCUAAUCCAGGAACGCAUACGUUUUAUGAAACCGAUGUUGAUGGUAGAUUCAGAUUUCUCUUCGUUUCGUUUGGCCAAUCAGUACGAGGUUUUCAGACAGCCAUGCGACAAGUUCUUGUGGUAGAUGGGACAUUUUUGAAGAGCAAAUACAAAGGGGUCUUACUUGCUGCGACCGCUUUAGAUGGAAACUCUAACUUGUAUCCUGUUGCGUUUGCGGUUGUGGACUCAGAAAAUGAUCGUUCAUGGGAUUGGUUUAUGAGACAGCUAAAGGUUGUUAUUGCGGACGAGCAUUCUCUAGCUUUUGUGUCAGACAGAAAUGCCUCACUUUGUAAGGCAAUAGAGAAUGUGUAUCCUCUUUCUCAUCAUGGAAUUUGCAUCCACCAUUUGUUGAAUAAUGUGGUCACACAUUACAGAGGAAAGGGACUGGCUGGAUUGAUUGCAAAAGCUUCUAAAGCUUAUAGAGUCAUUGAUUUUCAGAAGCGAUUCCAAGCUGUCUGCAAUAUUAGUCCAGCUAUUGGAAAAUAUUUAACAGAUGCAGAUGUUACAAAGUGGGCUCGCUGUCAGUUUCCAGGAUUCAGGUAUGACAUCAGAACGACUAACCCAGCUGAAUCAAUAAACUCUGCUUUGCGCACACCAAGAGAGUAUCCAGUCAUUCCUUUGUUGGAUAGCAUCAGAGAAAUGCUGACCCGUUGGUUCUUCGAACGGCGCACACGAAGCAGGAAGCACACAAAACCAUUAACUAUUGCCAUCGAGAAAAAGAUAGACAGGCGGAUUAAUAAGGGUAAAACGUUUCUGGUUCAGCCAGUUGAUGAGUACCGUUUUUUGGUUCGCGGAGAUACAAUCGACUGCCUGGUUGAUUUGGAUAGAAGAACCUGCUCAUGUGGGAAAUACGACCUACUGAAAAUCCCAUGUAGACACGCAAUCAAGGCUGGUUUAACAGUUGGUCGAGCCCCAUCCUCACUAACGGAUGAAAUGUACACGACUUCCACUUGGAGAACAGCUUAUGAAGAAACUAUCAAUCCAAUAGGUGUUCCGGAGGAUAGUUGGGUUGUUCCAGAUGAUGUCUGGAAUGCUAAUGUGGAACCUCCUGAAUCAAGAAGAGGAGCAGGAAGGAGAAGAAAGCGCAGAUACGAGACGGUCGAAGACAAACUUCGUUCAUCGCAAGGAGCUGAAGAAAAGAAGAGGCGCAGAUGCAGUCGAUGUGGCGAAGAGAAUCAUAACAGAGCUACAUGCGACAGAGUGAUUUAG